CAAAAAAAUCUCCCGGGUUGGUGCAACAACUGCAGUAAACAAUCCACCCUCGAAUAUCUUGACUUCAGAAAUAGAACAUUCUGUGGUUUUCAUGUUAAAGAUAGAGAAAAUGCUUAGUUGCAUUCAUUUGAUGUACUACAGUAUGAGUGAGUAGUAGGCUCUGACGCAUUUUGUUUUUAUCGCCGACCUCUAAAAUCAGCUGAUUCUGACAUGCCAUGCCACUGUUACAAAACAUGUCAGUGAGAAAACACAGGACUGAGCGACAACAGAACAUACUGUGACAUGUGUUAUAGCACACCGUGAACAUGCAAGACGAAUCGGAUUCAAAGUCAGUGUCAAGCUGGAACUGGUGGCCUUCAUGGCGACCAACUUCCACGCACCAGCUAAGGAAUGCAGAGACAAAGAUCUUAGACUGUGUGCAGAAUGACCUGUGGGCCCGCUUUGUCUCGCUUCCUACUCAGGACAAAAUCUGGACAGUAUCAGUGACUCACAAGACUCCCCAAGCUCCUCCUAAUCCUGCCUCUCAGAGACCACUGGUGAUGGUUCAUGGGCUUUGUGGCGGUGUGGGCUUGUGGAUCCGCAACCUAGACCCCCUGUGUCGCUCGCGUCCUGUCCUGGUGUUUGACUUGCUUGGUUUUGGACGUAGCUCCCACCCCCGCUUCCCAACAGACCCCGCACAUGCGGAGCAGCUCUCGGUUGACUCCAUAGAGCACUGGAGGCGGGCCUUGGGUCUGGAAAGCAUGAUACUAUUGGGUCACAGUCUGGGUGGCUACCUGGCGACAUCCUAUGCCAUUCAGCAUCCAGAGAGGGUGAAGCACCUCAUCCUCGUAGACCCUUGGGGCUUUGAGUACUUCCCAGAGGAUGGCCCCACUGCAGCGAGGCCUGGAUGUCCUUACUGGGUGGAGGGCCUCAUCUCCCUGGCCUCCCGCUUCAACCCACUAGCAGGGAUCAGAGCUGCAGGGCCCUGGGGGCCAAAACUUAUCCACAGAUUCAGGCCUGACAUUAACAGGAAGUUUGAAGACAUGUUUGAUGACGAGACUAUGACUCAGUACAUAUAUCACUGCAAUGCCCAGAACCCGAGUGGAGAGGUGGGGUUCAGGAUAAUGUCUGAGUCGUUGCUCUGGGCGAAGCGUCCAAUGAUAGAUCGGGUACACCUCCUGCCUGCAGGCCUCCCCGUGACCCUAAUCUAUGGAGCCCGCUCUUGGAUGGACAGUAAGACAGGCGACGAGGUGGCCAAAAGGAGACCAGCGAGUUACACACAAACUGUGGUGGUGAAAGGAGCAUCACAUCACGUCUAUGCUGAUCAGCCUGAGGAGUUCAACAGAGUGGUGCAGAGUAUCUGUGAUAGUGUGGUGGAUUAAGUGCCUGUGAGUGUAAGGUUUUGUUUGUGGGUUGUGUGUGUGUGUGUGUGUGUGUGUGUGUGUGUGUGUGUGUGAGAGAGAGAGAGAGUGAGUGAGAGAGAUAUCAUGUAGUGCUAUUUCCUAGCAUGAAUGAAGUGAAUUAUCAUGUAAUGUACUGUUUCACCUGGACUGCCAAACUUAAUUUAUCUUUUUAUUAAAGUAAAUGUAUAAGUGUG